UAAUGGGCAACAACUUGUGAAUCCUUGGCAAAGACCUAGUUCCUCGCAGCCUCUGGUGAGGCUCGGAUAUCCUUUGCAAGGACCGGGUAUCCCACAACCCGCGAUGGACACGAGCACAUUUCCUUCUAGGGCCCCAGCAGGGCCUAUGGGGUGCGGCAGGAGGAUAGGCCAAGGAUGCGCGCAGGGCGAACUUGGCAACAUGAACUGCGGCCACGGAACAUAUGUGGAUCAGUGCAACAUAUGCCAGUGUGCCAAGGGGCCAGACGAAAUCUGCGGAGGAAUGAGGGGGGAGCUCGGCAGGUGCACCGCAAAUCUCCACUGCUUCAUCGAAAACGAGCCGCAGUUUCUUGGUAAAUGCAUAUCCUACACCAGUGGUUAAAAGUGGCUUUAGAUAACUUGGAUUCAUUUCGCUGAUCACGCCGACGUAUGUUCUCUGGACUUAGCAGAUGAUGUCAAUAUUCCUUUGUCCUUCCUUUUCCUUUAUACCAUGGAGAGAUA